AUGUCCAACAACGUCGCCUUCACAGCCCCAAUUAACCCACCGGGUUCAACACCAGUCCUGACUACCGAACAAGUCUGGAACGGGCUCCUCCUCAAGAUCCGCUCUGCGGAGACCUUUGUCCCAGCAGCGAUCCAAUCCACAAAAGUCAUCAGCGAGUCCACCGAUCCUACAACCGGGAACCCGGUCACCGUUCGCGAGGUUAUUUUCCGCGAAAACCAAAAGGCCGUGCAAGAGACUGUCACCGCAUUCAAAGCUACAAGGGUGGAAUUCGAGCAACCGGAUGGAAGCAAGGUUAGCAAUGUGCUAAGUGCUGGAGCUGGCGGUGAUCUCUACAUGACUUAUAUCUUUGAGUGGAGACAUCCCGGUGCGUCGGAGGAGGAGUUGGCGAUACUGUACGAGAAGGAAAAGAAAAUGAGCCAGAUGGCGGUUGAGGGGACGAUCAAGGCGUUGAGACAAUUGGUUGAUGAGAAGAAGCUAUAG